AUGUAUCUGAAGGAAAAGAUCGAUGAUUUGCAACUUAAGAUGGUCGGCUCCUCUGAUCCUAAACUUCAAUGUGAUGUCCUUCAUGAUGUCCCUGCUUUGUUCUUCUCCGCAGGAGGUUACACUGGUAAUGUCUUCCAUGCCUUCAAUAAUGGUAUACUUCCUAUCUACAUCACUUCACAACAUCUCAAUGGUAGUGUAAUCUUUGUUGUCCUCCAAUACAGUGAGUGGUGGUACACUAGAUACCAUGAAAUUCUAUCCAAACUCUCUAAUUACCCUCCCAUUAUCUUCUCCAAAGACGAGUUAAGAACUCAUUGUUUCCAUGAAGCUAUUUUAGGUCUACGUUUCCAUGGCACACUUGCAAUAGAUUCAACCCAAAUGGAUGAUAACAAGACAAUAGGAGACUUUCACCAGUUACUUGAUAAUGCUUAUAGACAUCGAGUUAUACGAUAUAUGCAUACAACAACAAAUGGAAAGCCGAAACUUGUGAUCAUCUCUAGGAAUGCAUCAAGAGCGAUAGAAAAUGAGGCGGAGUUGGUGCAAUUAUCUGAGAAGAUUGGAUUCCAUGUGGAGGUGAUUAUUCUUGAAUCAAUGGAAUUGGGUGCAAUUUACUAUGCUCUAAACUCUUGCAAUGUGAUCGUUGGUGUCCAUGGGGCUGGCCUUACUCACAUCCUUUUCAUGAGAACUGGUUCGAUUCUAGUGCAAAUAGUGCCUCUUGGUCUUGAUCAAUUAGCAAAGACAUGCUUUGGAGAGCCAGCGAAGAAGAUGGGGAUAAAAUAUGAAGAGUACAAGAUACUGCCCAAAGAGAGUUCGUUGUACAAAAAGUAUAAAGCUUAUGAUCCAAUACUGAGAGAUCCAGAUAGUGUGAUUUCUAAGGGGUGGAAAGUGACAAAAGCUAUUUAUCUUCAAGGGCAAAAUGUGUCUUUAGAUCUUCAUCGAAUUAGGGUUCCUUUAGUCAAGGCUUUUCAGCAUGUGGUUUCAUAA